AUGUCGGGUCUCGCGCCCUCCAAUGUGAUCAUUAUCCACCCCGAUCUGGGCAUCGGUGGUGCAGAGCGACUGAUAAUUGACGUCGCAUUGGCCCUGCAGAACCGCGGCCACCGCGUGACGAUCUACACCUCCCACCGCGACAAGGCGCACUGUUUCGACGAGGCCCGCGAUGGUACACUGGACGUUCGUGUUCGCGGGAACACCAUCUUCCCUGCCCAUAUAUUCGGCCGAUUGCACAUCCUCAUGGCAUCGCUACGCCAGCUGCAUUUAACUGCAUCGCUACUGACAGAGCUUGGGUCGCGCGAUCAACCGAGCCAGUCUUCUGAGAAGGAUCAGAGCGGCAAUGCGGAGGAAAUCCGAGACGAUAUCUUCAUUGUCGACCAGCUGCCCGCUUGCGUACCCAUCCUCAAGACCUUCGGUCAGCCCCGCAAAUCUCGAACCCAACGAAUCCUAUUCUACUGCCACUUCCCCGACCAAUUGCUCGCGCGCCGCAAUGAAGGCGGCUCUCUCCUCCGGCUUGCUAAGCUGCUAUACCGAUACCCGUUUGAUUGGUUUGAGGGCUGGGCAAUGAGUGCGUCGGAUCGCGUGGUUGCGAACUCGAAUUUCUCGCGAGGCGUCGUGCGCUCGGUGUUUGGGACUGAGAAACUCGGCGAUGUGGAGGUUGUCUACCCGUGUGUCGACACAAACACUGGACUUGCGGCACCAGAAACUAAAGCAGCGGAUGCCCUUUGGGGUGGGAAGAAGAUCUUGUUGAGUGUCAAUCGCUUCGAACGGAAGAAGGAUAUGGCAUUGGCGAUUCGCGCGUAUAAUGGGUUGGGCGCAAGAAAGAGGAAAGGGACGCGGUUGGUGAUCGCUGGCGGUUAUGACAACCGAGUACAAGAAAACGUUCAAUAUCACCAGGAACUCGAUGACCUUGCCAAAAGCUUCGGUCUUGAGACUGCAACCGCGAAGACGGUUGUAUCGGCGCUUUCCAUUCCCGAUAGCAUUGAUGUCCUCUUCCUCCUCUCCGUUCCAACUACCUUCAAGAAUACCCUCCUGGCACAGUCCAAGCUCCUUCUUUACACCCCGAUUAAUGAACAUUUCGGGAUCGUGCCCGUCGAGGCAAUGCUUGCAGGCCUUCCUGUUCUAGCGUCAAAUACCGGUGGUCCAUUGGAAACGAUUGUCGAAGGUGAAACGGGCUGGCUCCGUGACGCACACGCGGUUGACGAGUGGACGGCGGUUAUGGAUAAGGUGCUAUACGGAAUGAGCCAAACGGACAUUGAACGGAUGGCUGCGGCCGGCAAGGCAAGAGCGGAGCAUGAAUUCUCGCUCACUGCGAUGGGUGACAGACUGGAGGAGGAAAUCUUGACCAUGUUGACAGUCGAGAGACGUCCCUUCCAUGGCUGGCAACAGGUGUUGGCCAUGUUGGCUCUUGCUGGGGCCUUCCUAGCAGUAAUUACGGCACUCUUACUCCGUAUGAUGUAA